GAAUGAGUGACAGCGUGAAAGGUGACAACCUUUUUGUCACCGUUAUCGUUUGGCAAUGGCAUGGGAGUUAUGGCGGUGCUCAAAAACUCAAACUGUAAAAUGGACAGUAAAAAAGAUAACAAGAAAGUGUAUUUAGUUGCACAAGAAUUAAAACUAACACGGCUCUUAGCAGGAAAUAAUAAGGCGGCGAGAGACAAAGCAUUAAAAAACCUUAAAAAAUGGUUCGUCAAGAGGUCGGAAACGAUGCCUUUCACAGAAGACGAUUUCCAGAGGAUUUGGAAAGGACUCUUUUAUGCCAUGUGGAUGUCUGACAAGCCACUGGUGCAAGAAGAAUGCGCGGAAAACAUAGCUAACUUGAUACAUUUUCCAACCAUAAAUCCCUCACUGCUAUUUUUUAAAGCAGGGCUGAUUAUUAUGAAUAAUGAAUGGAUUGGUAUAGAUCAGUUGCGAUUAGAUAAAUUUCUUAUGUUGGUGAGGAGGUUACUGAGACAAGCCCUUUUUGUGCUUAAGAAAAAUACUUUUGCCCAUAAAGAUAUAGAGAUGUUCAAUAGUGUGCUAUCAUCGACAAUUCUAAUUCCAUGUGGUGCACCUGCUUUAAGUCUAUUAAUGCAUUUUAUUGAAAUCUUCAUGGAAGAAUUAGCAAAGGUUUCUGAAGGUAAAAUACAUCCAGAAAAAGUAUGUCUAUUCCUUAAACCAUUUAUAGAAAAACUAGCUACAACUGGUGAUGGCAGGCUGAUAGCCCACAUAAGGAAAUUCAUUUUCACAUAUUUAAUCAGACAGUCUGAUUUAGGUUUUGAAUAUCAAGCAAAAUAUGAUGCAUGGAAACAGCAAGGGUUCCCAGGAUCAAUUGACUCUAUGCAAAAAAUACCAUUAGAUGAUGAUGAAAUGAUGUCUGCAGAUGAAGAUGAACAAGAAAAAAGAAAUAAACCUCUAGAUCCGAGAGCAGGAAGAGUUGAUGUGGAAAUACCUCAGUUGAGGUUCAGUCCAAAAACAAUAGCAAGCAAUUUACUGCAACACAAAUUUGAUAAAAAUAGUACAACUAAAGCUAGAAAUAUGCUCACUGUUUUAGCAGAACAGUUUAAUAAAAUAGCAAAAGGAGUGUAUCCUUUGGGGGUAAAAAAAGUUGUGGAUAGGAAAAAAGAUGAAUAUGACAUGAGCAUUCGUAAAGCAACCAACAGGUUAGUCAAAUUUGAACAAAAAUUGUUAGGAAAAGACAGGAAAAGGAAGAGGGAGAAAAACGCGAUUGACGAAAAUGGCGAGUUUGCUCCUAAAAAGUCAAAGAAAGAAGAAAAUAGCAAAGAUGGUGACAAAGAUGGACAAGCCUUUGAUGAAGAGGUCUAAAAAGGACAGUAAAAGUUCUAAAGGCAGUGACAAAAAGAAUAAACAAAGUAACGAUAGUGAAGUAGCAUUAGAACACUUUAAUAUGGAUGAUCAAGAAGCAAAGUUUUUGAAUAGAAAGUCUAAGAAGGCAAUUCAGGCUCCCCAACAACAGUCUGAUAAAAAAAAGCACAAGAAAAACAACAUUGGUGAAACAAAAAAAGGCUAUGAAAAGUUUGCUUUGGAUGAAGAUGUUGAGAUCAAAAUUAAGGAUAAAAGUAAAAUACUUCAAAUGAAAGAGAAAGCAAAGAAACUGUCUGAGAUACAGACACAAGUCCUUCUCGAUGAUAUUGAGUGUGUUUUUGAACGCAAUUCAGGGACAUGGGUAGUUUUUGAUGUUACAGACUGUGACAAGUCUGAGAAAACCCCUACACUACAGCAAAGAGCUGUUUUGAGUAUACUCACAUGGCAGUACACUACCUAAAGUGAAUGUAAUCAAAGACCUAAGCAUCUACCUCAAUCGUAAGGCAAGAUUUACAGAUGACCACCACUAUAUUAUUGACAAAGCUAAUCACAUUGUGGAGCUGAUAUCAUGAACAUGUAGGGGACCUUAGAUCUAGCUUUUUGUCUCAUUAGUAAGAUUGCUACUGGAAUAUGGGGAAACUAUCUGGAGCCCAUAUUAUGAGAUUCACAAAAAAUGCAUUGAAGCCAUACAAUAUAAGUUUUUAAGGUAUCUACGUUCUAGAAUGGGGCAGGGAAAUAAACAUUUAAAGAUUGACGAUAACUGGAUUGUGUGCUUGAAGAUAGAAGGUUUUGAACAU